AUGAGUGUUUACGCCGCGAGCACGCCGACAGCGAGCAGCGCGGAAUCGCCGGCGAUUAACGCGACGAUUACGUCAACGUCGGCAACGACGACGACCACGACAACGACGACGGCGGUGGCGGUGGCGGCAGCAGCGGCGACAACGGCGACGUCGACGACGACGACGACUGCGGCGACGGCACCGGUUACGGCCACAUCGUCCACGGCGACCGCCGCGUCGCCGGAAGUAGCGACCGGCUGGAUCGAGUUCUGCGAGAGACACGCCCGCGCCUCAGCCUCCGACUUCGCCAAGGCGUUCUGCGCCUACGUCAGCCUGAACCUGCCCGAGAGCGCCCGCGCCAAUCUGUCGCAUCGCGACUUCCUCCGCAAGUUCGUCGAGAGCUUCUGCGAGCACUUCGAGAGCGAGUACCUGCGUCAGAGCGUGAGAUCGCUAUCGUUGCACGACACUAGGAGCGUAAUAUCCAAUGAGAGAGACGUGAAUCUUGCGAGCCAGAAUGUCAACGCACCGGUCCGCGCGUCCUCGCACGAGGAGUUCAGCGACUACUCGGAGCACGAGGGGGAGGCAGUGUCGCCGAAGCCCGCCCACAAGCCCUUCUUCCGCAGAUUAUCCUUUAAGGGGCUUAAAAAGGGCAAGAGUUUCUUCCACAAGCAGCAGAGCGACGAGGUCGAGCUGUCCCACAGCGAGCACCGCAAGGACAAGCACUCGAAGGCCAAGCUGUCCAAGAUCGUGGUGGAGUGCCGUAAGGAAGGGAUCGUCAAUUCCCUGAUGGGGGAGAACAUAGACGGGACGCAGAAGUGGGAGAAGUCGCGGCUAGCGUUGAUAAAGGCCAUCGGUGGCUACAUGCUGGAGUUCUACUCUCCGCCGAAGGCUGUGAAACCACGAAGCGGCGUCUUCUGCUCGGCGAUAACGGAGGCGAGGGAAACCACGGCGCUCGAGAUGCCGGAUCACGAGAACACGUUCGUCCUGAAGACCCAGACCAUGGAGUUUGUCAUCGAGGCGCACGACUCGAACGACAUGAAGUCGUGGCUGGCGACGAUCAGGUAUUGCAUGCGAACGGUGCAGCAGAGCUCCAGCGCGCCUGGCUCCGGGCCGGGCGACUCCUUAGGGGAUUCCCUGGGCCACGGCUCACUGGCUAUGGGAUCCGACAGCGAUCGAUUACGAGCCAACUCGGCGAGUAAGAGCUUCCGGUCCGCUAGUCACGAACACGGCGACGACUCGCAGGGCAACCCGCCGGAAUUACCUCCAAGACUACAUAUGCGCAGCAGUAGUAAUCUAGAAUUAUGUUCCUCUCAGCAAGAAAUCGAGCAAAUGCCUGCUAACGAGGGCGAGCUGGAUUUAUCGAGUAGCUUACGAGACUACCCAUGGUUCCAUGGCACCCUUCCUCGCUCGGACGCCGCGCAGCUCGUAUUACACAGUGCAGCUAACGGUCACGGUGUGUUCCUGGUCCGGCAGAGCGAGACUAGAAAAGGCGAAUUCGUGUUAACUUUUAAUUUCCAAGGAAGAGCAAAACAUUUACGGAUGACGUUAAAUGAUCAAGGUCAUUGCCGAGUCCAGCAUCUGUGCUUUCCUGCGAUAUACGAUAUGCUUGAACACUUUCGCCAGAAUGCGAUACCACUCGAAUCUGGCGGGACUGCGGAUGUUACUUUAACAGAGUAUGUAGUGGCGACGAACCACCCACCGCGAUCGGGGCACCAUAACGUGGCGAGUGGCUCGAAUGUGCAUCAGUCGCAAGAGAGGAGACCUCCGGCAGCUCUGGAGCCCAGAGAAGUACGCACUUAUGGUGGUUCUAUAAGAACGCGCGUGGAAUCGUUGGAGAGACUAGAGAGAGAGCAGCAGAGAAUUAUUGCGGAACAGCAGGCUUCGUCCACUGGGGAACGCAGAGCGGUUCAGAACACUUACAGCUUUCUCUGACGCUGGAUUCACGCCAAUCCGCCAUCAGGCUACAAUCUAGUCAGUCCGACGGACUGAAUGCGAACGAUAUAUGAACGAAGUAAUCGCGGUUUUUAUCUCCAGAAUUGCGUCACGCCAUAAACUACCGUGUUUGCGACAAAGCGCGUCUCUUUACUAGUACAAAAGAAUUGCAUUUUUCUUUCUGGAAUAACUUAUCUUCCAAUCGUUGACUCUUGCGUUCAGCAUUCGACAUUAUACUUUUAUGAUUUGUCAGCAAUGUGUUUGCAUCGCAUUUACAUCGAAUGAUAAGAAAUAGAAUAGAUUACCGUCAAAACGAGUCUCAGUUAACAACGGUCAUUUCGUAACUGUCGUGCUCAAAUUAUUCCCCGACUCCUGACGAUGCCGUAGCAUUCCAUGGAACUCCCUUUCCCAGGUUCGCAUGUAUCUCUGGCUCGUCUUUUCACCAAGACCGAACUGACGGCCCCGCUCAUAUAUAUUUUUACUGAGAGACCGGAUAUAUUUUAAUGGAAGAUCCCGAGUCUCGUUACGCCGCUUAAUUAAUACACGUAACAAUUGUAAAAACAUAUGUAUGUCAUUGGGGAAUGAUAGUCUCCGAAAUUGCGAACUGCCAGUAUAUUGCGAUCCCCGUGUGCGUCUUCGGGUCCUCCCCGAGCAGAUCGACAAACGCGCCAAAGCUAAAGCUAAAGUACUAUUAAGCCCCCGCUUGCGUACGCGAUACAAUUUGUCAUACAGAAAUUGCAUUUCGGCCGCAUUGUCAGUAAUCCCGAUGCUUCGUUUGGGCGAAUAAAUGUAACAGACAUGUCCUAAGCGUAAAACGAAAAAGCUGCGAUAUUUAUAAAUUACCCCGGUCCCUCUCGUCGGCGUGAAGCUCAGUAUAUAAAUUUUCCCGUUUGUCAGCAAGGAAGAGGAAGGAGGCUACAGCUGUGCUAUCAUACGGGAUGAACGGAAAGCGUCGACUACAGUAAGUAUAUGCUCCCCGUCAUGUUAUCUCUGCAGAUAAUAGCAAGAGCCGUGUUCGACAGGUGUAUUAACGAACUGUCUAACGACUAAGGAUUAUCGCUAACAUCGUAGAGCAAUAUGACCGAGUGUGCAACAGAUUAGACUUUAGACAAGUGUAUGGAAUGAGUGGUGUGACAGAGAGCGACGACCGACGGAGUGUCCGAUUAGUGAGACUAGCAGAGGCAGGUAUUCUCGGUACGAGCCGAACUGAUUACUGUGAUAAGGUCCUCUCACUCGCACAAGGCAUCCGACCCCGUCGCCGUCCGUGCCAGUCCACGUUCUCGCGAGAGAACGACCGUAGGGACAGCGCGACAGGGACAUAUUUCGAUGAUGCAUUUGUACAUUUCGCCCGCUGCUCGCCAUCGAAAAGUCGUAGGGAUAGAAUUCACCAUCGCCCCGGGACGCGGGAGAAAAAGCUGUAGGAAAAUUGUAGUCGAUCUGGACAAAAAUCCGUAUCGCGAGUUCGUCCUUUAGUCGAGACGCUUGCAAAAACAAAUCGUGCCGUAGGUAGGAUGCAAGCUCGUUCCUCGCGCAGUCGAAAGGGCAGUUCUGGGGUGUGCAGAGGGCAACUACUAGGCAUCAACCGUAAUACUUUUCUACCUUAUGUCAAGAUGCAAGGAUGCAAAUAAAAACUGAAUCCCCCGAGA